AUGUUCCAGGUGUUUCUAUUCCUGCUGCUGCUGUGGUUUCUGCCCCUGACUGAGGGGUCCCAGCGGGCUGAACCCAUGUUCACGGCAGUCACCAACUCAGUCCUGCCCCCUGACUACGACAGCAACCCCACCCAGCUCAACUACGGAGUGGCAGUGACUGAUGUGGACCGUGAUGGGGACUUUGAGAUCGUUGUGGCUGGGUACAAUGGCCCCAACCUGGUUCUGAAGUACGAUCGGGCCCAGAAGCGGCUGGUGAACAUCGCGGUGGACGAGCGCAGCUCCCCAUACUACGCGCUGCGUGACCGGCAGGGCAACGCCAUCGGGGUCACAGCCUGUGACAUUGACGGGGACGGCCGCGAGGAGAUCUACUUCCUCAAUACCAAUAACGCCUUCUCAGGGGUGGCCACGUACACGGACAAGUUGUUCAAGUUCCGCAAUAACCGCUGGGAAGACAUCCUGAGUGACGAGGUCAAUGUGGCCCGCGGCGUGGCCAGCCUCUUUGCCGGGCGCUCUGUGGCCUGCGUGGACAGGAAGGGCUCCGGACGCUACUCCAUCUACAUCGCCAACUAUGCCUACGGUAACGUGGGCCCUGACGCCCUCAUCGAAAUGGACCCCGAGGCCAGUGACCUCUCCCGGGGCAUCCUGGCGCUCAGAGAUGUAGCAGCUGAAGCUGGGGUCAGCAAAUACACAGGGGGUCGGGGCGUCAGCGUGGGCCCCAUCCUCAGCAGCAGUGCCUCGGAUAUCUUCUGCGACAAUGAGAACGGGCCCAACUUCCUCUUCCACAACCGGGGUGACGGCACUUUCGUGGAUGCUGCGGCCAGCGCUGGUGUGGAUGACCCCCACCAGCACGGGCGUGGAGUCGCCCUGGCGGACUUCAACCGUGAUGGCAAAGUGGACAUCGUCUAUGGCAACUGGAACGGCCCCCACCGCCUCUACCUGCAGAUGAGCGCCCACGGGAAGGUCCGCUUUCGGGACAUCGCCUCGCCCAAGUUCUCCAUGCCCUCCCCAGUCCGCACAGUCAUCGCCGCUGACUUUGACAAUGACCAGGAGCUGGAGGUCUUCUUCAACAACUUCGCCCACCGCAGCUCCUCAGCCAACCGCCUCUUCCGCAUCAUCCGCAGGGAGCACGGCGACCCCCUCAUUGAGGAGCUCAACCCUGGCGAUGCCUUGGAGCCUGAAGGCCGGGGCACAGGGGGCGUGGUGACCGACUUCGAUGGAGACGGGAUGCUGGACCUCAUCUUGUCCCACGGAGAGUCCAUGGCUCAGCCGCUGUCCGUCUUCCGGGGGAAUCAGGGCUUCAGCAACAACUGGCUGAGGGUGGUGCCACGAACCCGGUUUGGGGCCUUUGCCAGGGGUGCCAAGGUCGUGCUCUACACCAAGAAGAGCGGGGCGCACCUGAGGAUCAUCGAUGGGGGCUCAGGCUACCUGUGCGAGAUGGAGCCCGUGGCUCAUUUUGGCUUGGGGAAGGAUGAAGCCAGCAGCGUGGAGGUGACAUGGCCAGAUGGCAAGAUGGCCAGCAGGAACGUGGCCAGCUCAGAGAUGAACUCGGUGCUGGAGAUUCCCUAUCCCCGGGAUGAUGACAGACCUCAGAACCCAGCCAGCCUGGAGUGCGGCCAAGGAUUCUCCCAGCAGGAAAAUGGCCAUUGUGCGGACACCAACGAAUGCAUCCAGUUCCCAUUCGUGUGCCCUCGAGACAAGCCCGUGUGUGUCAACACGUAUGGAAGCUACAGGUGCCGGACCAACAAGAGAUGCAGCCGGGGCUAUGAGCCCAAUGAGGACGGCACGGCCUGUGUGGCUCAAGUGGCCUUUUUAGGUGGGUAUCCUUCUGCCGCCUUUAGAAUCUCUGAGCCUCUCUCUUGGGCCUCAUCUCUUUCUCUAGGCCUUGGACUUUGCCUUCAGUUAUAUGCACUUUAAAUUCCAUCAAUAAAGAAAAAAAAACUAACAAUCUUUGUGGAAAACUAAAUCUCUCCCGCUGCCUGUCUUUCUCCAUGCCCAGUAGAUUCUGCUGCGUGCUCCCUCUGAAUGGACAGCGGGGGUGGCCAUCUUUGAAAAGGGAAGUUUGGGAGAUGCUGAUAUUUGUGUCACCUUUAGUUGUUUGUGAAGUCUUUCUUUGCAUGUCUUCUGAGAACAUGUUUUUUACCCCAUCCAGCCUCCCUCACUCCUUCAGAAGAAUCAAGAUAGUCCUGUCUUUUCUGUAUCCUCCAGUGCCAUGAGCGGCUUAUUUUGCCCUUAACAAAGAUGGCUCCCAGGCGGUUGCUUGCUCAGUUGAGUUGACAGUGUGUUCCGUGCCUGCUGGUCUGGCCUGUGCUGUUUCUGCUCUGCGGGCCCUGAGUGCCUGUGGUAGAGAAAGCCAUAUCGGGGUUGCUGGUGAUGAUGGGGGGUGGAGGGAAGGGUGGCCAUUUGGGACUCUUGAUAAAAAAUGUUAAAGUUUGAACUUGCUAAGUCUUCCAGUCUCUUUCUGAAGAAAUUAUACCAAUAAACUCUCUGCUG